AUGAUGUUUCAUUAUUUUAAUAUAUUAUUAUGUUCCCUUCCAUUAAAUAUAUUGUUAACUCCCUCAUAUGAAAUUAAUAUGAAGAGCCAUAAUAGAUCUACACUUCAUACACUAAACGCAAAACCUAUAAAAAUACAUAGAUCAUUAUGCGAAUGCGAUCUAUAUACGUCCACUUAUGAUAAUGACCCUGAAAUGAAAGAAGUGAUGCAACAAUUUGAUGAUCGUGCCGCACAACGAUUUAAAGAGUAUGAAGAAAUGUUGCAAUAUAAACGAAAGCAAUGUAAAAAACAAUGUGAUAAAGAUAUACAAAAAAUUAUUUUAAAGGAUAAAAUCGAAAAGGAAUUAACAGAAAAUUUUUCAGCAUUACAAACGGAUAUAUCUACCAAUGAUAUACCUACUUGCAUUUGCGAAAAAUCAGUAGCAGAUAAAGUGGAAAAAACAUGUUUAAAAUGUGGAGGGAUAUUAGGUGGGGGUAUUGCCCCAGGUUGGAGUCUGGUCAGUGGUUUAGGGUAUAUGGCAUGGACACGAUAUAUCGCUGCAAAAGUCCUUGAAGAGGGUAUUAAAAAGGGUUUAGAAGUGGGUUUGGUUAAAGUCACGGAAAUAGCAACACAAAUGAUAGGAGAUGUAAAUAAAGUACCUUCAAUUGAUAUACUACAAAAGAUUACUAUAGGAAACUUUUCUGAUGGAGUAUCACUUUAUGACAUAUUUAAAACCAUAGAUAGUACAAUGUCUACGGAAUUGGAAACUCAAGGGUAUUAUGAUUUUAGCUUAUCAGUACAAAGCAUAGCUGAUGAUCCUGCUAAACUUAAAUGGUGUUCUCAAAAAGUAGCAGACGUAACAAAUGCAGUUGCUGAUGGUGAAGCAAGUGUAUUGACAGAAGCAGCACCUGUUACUAGUGGUUUAAAUACUGCUAUUAUUGCUUCCAUUGUUGCAAUAGUAGUUAUAAUUUUGGUUAUGUCAAUUAUUUAUUUAAUUUUACGUUAUCGUAGAAAAAAAAAAAUACACAAAAAAUUACAAUAUAUAAAAUUAUUACAACAAUAG